AUGCCGUCCACUCGCCAGCGCAACACUGUCCUGGCUGCAGCUGCCACCGCGUCUGCCGGCGCUCUCACCUUCGUGGCACCCCCGAGCACGCCCAGUGCCGCGCGCAUCGAGCCAGGUGUCGCGGCUGGCCAUGCUGCGCAGGCCCAGCCCCAGACCUCCAUGGGUGCCGCCACCGUGGGCGCGGCGGUGCUCGCGGCGGGCUGCGCCGCUCGGGUGACAGCGAAGGGCAAGGGGCAGCGCAAGGCCGUGAAGGUGGCAGCGGUCAGCACCGACACGGAGGUGGAGACCGACUGCAUCAACUCAAUCCGCUUCCUGGCAGUUGAUGCCGUGAACAAGGCCAACUCUGGCCACCCGGGCGCACCUAUGGGUCAAGCUCCGAUCGGUUACCUCCUCUUUGCGGAGGAGAUGGCCUACAACCCCAAGGACAGCAGCUGGUGCAACCGUGAUCGUUUCGUGCUGUCCUCUGGCCAUGGCUGCAUGCUUCAGUACUCCCUGCUGCACUUGGCCGGCUAUGACAGUGUCGCCAUGGAUGACCUGAAGCAGUUCAGGCAGUGGGGCUCGAAGACUCCUGGCCACCCGGAGAACUUCGAGACUGACGGCAUCGAGGUCACCACCGGCCCGCUAGGAAUGGGCAUCUCCAACGCCGUUGGCCUGGCUGCAGCGGAGGCGCAUCUCGCGGCCGCCUACAACAAGCCGGACUUCACCCUCAUCGACCACUACACCUACACCAUUGCCGGUGAUGGCUGCAUGCAGGAAGGCAUCUCUCACGAGGCCUGCGCCUAUGCCGGCCAUCUGGGCCUCGGGAAGCUCAUUGCCUUCUAUGAUGACAACGGCAUCACCAUCGAUGGCCACACCGACCUCUCCUUCACGGAGGAUGUCGGCAAGCGCUUUGAGGCCUACGGCUGGCAGGUGCUGGUCGUUGACAAGGGCGAUGAGGACGUCGACGCCAUCCGCAAGGCCAUUGCUGAGGCCAAAGCCUGCACCGACAAGCCCACGCUCAUCAAGGUGAAGACCACCAUUGGCUUCGGCUCGCCCAACAAGGCCGACAGCCAUGAUGCGCAUGGUGCCCCCCUGGGCGCAGACGAGGCCGAGGCGACGCGCAAGCAGCUGUCUUGGAACUACGGCGAGUUCGAGGUCCCCGAGCAUGUCUACGCAGCCUUCAAGAAGCAGGCCGAUGCUGGCGCUGCCAAGCAGGCUGAGUGGGACAAGCUCUUCGCCGCCUACAAAGAGAAGGAGCCCGAGUUGGCCGCGCAGUUCGAGCGUGCGGUGCUCAACAGGAAGCUGCCAGAGAACUGGGAUGAGUGCCUUCCCAAGCUGACCGAGAAGGACAACGGCAAGGCCACGCGCUUGCACUCUCAGGACUGCCUCAACGCCAUUGCGCCGGUGCUGCCGGAGUUCAUGGGUGGCUCCGCCGACCUUGCGCCUUCCAACAUGACCCUGAUGAAGUGCACGGGCGAUUUCCUGAAGGACAGCUACUCAGAGAGGAACUUCCGCUUCGGCAUUCGCGAGUUCGGCAUGGGCGCCGUCUGCAACGCCUUGUCGUUGGACAAGACAGGCAUCAUCCCCUACUGCGCCACCUUCACCAUCUUCACGGACUACAUGCGCUCCGCCAUCCGUAUUGCCGCCCUGUCCCAGGCAGGCACCAUCUUCGUGACCACGCACGACUCCAUUGCCGUCGGUGAGGAUGGCCCCACGCACCAGCCCAUUGAGACCAUCCCUUCCCUGCGACUGAUCCCUGACCUGACCGUGAUGCGACCGGCCGAUGGCAACGAGACCGCUGGGGCCUACAAGUACGCGGUGGAGCGCUCCAAGAAUGAGUCCCGGCCGACCAUGAUGGCUUUCUCCCGCCAGGCGCUGCCGAACCUCCCCAACUCCUCCAUCGAGAACACCCUGAAGGGCGCGUACGCGGUGGUGGAGUGCUCGGACCCAGAGGUCAUCAUCGUUGGCACGGGCUCUGAGGUCCACGUCUGUGUCGAUGCCGCCAAGUCAAUGGACCAGAAGGUCCGUGUCGUGUCCAUGCCUUCCGUCGAAGUCUUCCGUGCUCAGUCUGACAGCUACAAGGAGUCGCUGCUUCCAAAGGGUGUCCCCACCCUGAGCGUGGAGGCCGCCUGCACCUCCGGCUGGGGCGAGUUUUCCACCGCGCAGGUGGGUAUCAACGUCUUUGGCGCUUCCGCGCCGGGUGGCACCUGCCUGGAGAAGUUCGGCUUCACUGCGGAGAACGUCAAGGAGUGCGCAGAGAAGUGCCUCAAGGGCGAGACGGGCGUCCUUUCCGAUGGCACCCAGGGCAAGGCUUUGGACCCCGUCUACGUGGAGUCCGUGGUGUCUCGCGCAGUGGAGCACAUGGUGGAGCCGGGGAGCAAGAACGCAGACCUCCAAGAGCUGUGCCGAAGCUCCCGACAAGCCCUCCGCCGAUGGGUGAAGCAACAGCAGCGUGCUGGCGAGGCAGGCAAGCAGCCGCAGAUGACCGUGCAGUGGCUGCAGAGGCACUCCAAGGUGUCCCAGUGCAAGCUCUGGAAGGACCUCGCCGGUACGGAGGCCUCCGCGCAGCUCGCAGCCGCCCUCAAAGGCAUUGCAGCAUGGUUUCAGGAGUGGCAGCAGUCAGCCACCCACGACACCCUGAAUGCCUACGUGCGCCACCUUUCCCUUGCCUCGGAGCCGGCGACGCAUCCCCGGGUGCAGCGGAUGGUGCUCCGUGUCCUGCGCCUCGCGGCCAAGCGCCGUGGGCUGGCGCCUGAAGCCCUCGCGGACGCGUUGGCACAGCUGGACACCCGGUUGCUCGAGCCAGUGUUGCCACAGAUCCUGGCUUACAUGAACAGUCCGCCAGACGACUCCGGCAUGAGCCUUGCGGCGGCAGGCUUGUACUCUCGGGUGGCCACCGCGUCUCCUCACGCAGCACUCUUUCCUGCCUUGGCCGCACAGCCGCCCCGGGGACGUGGUGCUGAGGCAUCUGGCGCGGCCAAGGCCAAGGAGAUCGUCGCCAAGCUGCAUCCAGAGCUGCUGCCCACGGCCGAACUCUUCGCCACGUCGCUGAAUGCCAUGGCCAUCCCGAUCGAUGAGGUCGCCCUGCGCCUGCUACACCUGGCCGAGAGCUUCCUGGCCAGUCGGCCGCCCGAGCAGGUGGUGGAAGCGGCAGGGAUGAUCUUGAGGCACUUCGCGUCGCUUCUGGACCUCCUCGACUCUGGUGUGGGGGAGGAGUGCUGCUUCCGAAGUGUGCUCCCCGCCAGCGAAGACGACGAAGUCCUGGCGUUCAUGGGCUGCAUGCCGAGUUUGACCACGACCUACGCACGAAGGUUCCUCUCCAUGUUCUUGCCGCCGCUCCGGCGGCUUCUGUUCCUUCACCGCCCGCACCUGGCAAGAAUGUCGCAGUCCAACUCCGCCAAGACCGAGCUGGCGAGGAGUCUCCUCUCGCACCUCCGGCUCCUCCAGCGUACCUGCAGCCACUUCGCCCGAGCCAGCGCCGUCCCCCUGGCGGAGCUUGCGCCCGCCUUGCUGGGAAUGUUCCAGGAUGAAUCCGGGGCAUUGCGCGCAUCCGACGUGGUGCUUCCCAUUCCGACGCACGCAGCUGGGGCCGCGCAAGGGUGGAUGCUGACCGCAGCGCUGACCAUGGUGCCCAGAGCAGAUAUGCCGCACCCGAAUUGGGCUGAGUGCACUUUGCAGCUCGCUUGGGGCAAGGUGGGCUGCAAGAGCAAUGCUUUAGAGCUCGAUCUGUAG